UAGUUUAUCGAUGUAUUUUAAGAAGCUUUCCUUUUUUUCCUCGUGAUAUUUAUGUGUUUCCACUUCCAUCAGAGACGAGAAGAGAUUCCUCUUUGGAAACGUCAAGAAAGAUGUAAUGUCAGUGGAAAGCCAGAAUUUGGGUGAAUAUGUUGAUGAUGAGAUUAUGCUGAAUGACGAUGACGAUGUUGAUGGCAAUGAUAUUGAUGAGGAUGAUUGUUCUGGAGAAGGGAGUGAUAUGCAUUCUCAUGGUUAUGCGGAUUCUGAUGAUGAGAUUCAGGCUAAUGGAGAUGGAGGCAGCGAUGACGACGACGAUAGUGACAAAGAGGAGGAUCAACCACCACCAAAAUAGAAAGAGUGAAACAUUUUUCUAACUUUAUUUUUCAGUAGCUCAGUUGCAGAACUACAAUUUAAUGGGGUUUUACGUGUAGCCUGUGGAUUUGUUUUGGUAUUUAUCAUAAAAACAAACAUGUCAGAUUAUUUGGUUUAUGUGUAACCUUGGGGAUCUUUAGUUAUAUAUCUUAA